AUGGGCGGAAGACCCCGGACCGCCAAACGCCUAAAGCGAAUCCGUUCAAAGCAUUGUUCUUCGACGUCAGCAAUUUAUCAAUCAAUAAACAACCACGAAGCUCCAGUUGCUAAAUCCCAAUCACCCUGCACGUUGACAGUGCAAUGUGAAAACGCGCCAAAUGGAGAUCAAAGCCAACCAGAACAGCAUACUGGUUUCAUCGCCGACCAUUCUGUCCUGGCAUACGACAAUCCAUCGCCUUUGACAGUUCCAGAGGGCUGGUUGUCACCUUCAAUACGCAUCAAAGAAGCGGUCCUGGCUGCUACAGAGGCAACGGUUCUUCCUACCCCGCCGCUACGAAGAGCGUUGAUUGACGCGUAUUUUGAGCAUGUCUUUCAUAACUAUCCGAUUGUGACUCGAGAUGAUGUCUCAACACCCCAUGCAUCUCUCCUACUACAGCAAGCAGUUUGUCUUGCCGGUAGCUUGGUGAUGCGUCAAACCGGUAAUCUUCAACUCGCCUAUUCAUUAUAUGAAAAAGUCAAGUCCCUCAUUUAUCUAAAUUACGAGCCUGACAAGCUGGCAACACUGAAGGCAAUGUGUCUUUUGUCAUGUUGGAGCGUGAAGCCACCGGAUAAGAUCAGUUUGGAUGGUCCAUGGUACUGGACUGGAGUCGCCUCCAGACUUGCGAUUCAGAUGGGUCUUCAUAGGGAGUCGACAUACACCGGCAAACCCGCCUCAGGUCAGCUCCGAGCAAUAUUCUGGAACUUACAUGUUUGUUUACCUCGUACCCUCUUUUAA